UAUUAUCUUAAAAAACAAAAGCCUCUCUAGCUCAUCAACUCAAACAAUGUGUUCUCGUAACAGCAGCUCGAUUACGUCGUUCUUCAUCGUCUCUUUAUUAGCCGUCUUAGUUAAUCCAACGAUCUCUUCUCGAGCCUUCACCAAGGAGCAUCCUCGUGUAUCCGUCGCUUCCAACUGCGAGAGCUGGAGAUUGGCCUCAGAGACCAACAAUGCUGGGAGCUGGAAUGUGGUUCCGUCCAGAUGCGUUAACUCCGUUAAAAACUAUAUCAAUGGAGGCCAGUUCGAGAAUGAUUACAAUAUAGUUGCUCGUUACGCCAUCGCAUAUGCUAAAAGGAUCAACCUAGGCAGAGAUGGUAAGGACGCGUGGGUCUUUGACAUUGAUGAGACCCUUCUCUCUAAUCUGGACUACUACAAGGUUCAUGGUUACGGGUCUGAACCAUACGACAACGCUAAAUUCAAUGAAUGGGCGGUUCAAGGAAAAGCCUCAAGUUUUGAUGGGAGCUUGAGGCUGUACAAAGCUCUCAAGAAACUUGGUUUCACUAUCAUUUUGCUAACCGGUAGAGAUGAAAAUCAAAGGAGUAUUACCGAGAAAAAUCUCCGAAACGCCGGUUAUUUCGGUUGGAACCGACUCAUCUUGAGGGGCAAAAAUGAUCAAGGAAAAACAGCAAUACAGUACAAAUCAGAGCAGAGAUCAAAAGUGGUUAAAGAAGGCUACAAAAUUCAUGGAAAUACCGGCGAUCAAUGGAGUGAUUUACAAGGUUUUGCCGUGGCCACUCGUUCCUUUAAAGUCCCCAAUCCUAUGUACUACAUUGCUUGAUCAUGAUCAUCAACUAUUGAUAUGUAAUAUGUUGAAUGAAAUAUUUAGACUUUAUGUAUGAAUAAAAAAAAUAAUAAUGUAUGAAUAAUUUGUAAG